AUGUCCGACGACGAUGAUUUCAUGCAAGACUCUGGCGACGAAGAUUAUGACUUUGAAUACGAAGACGCCGAUGACGACGAGUCCGGUGACAUUGGAAUCGAAAACAAAUACUACAAUGCAAAGCAGAUUAAGAUCGACAACCCGGAAGAUGCGGUGGACGAGUUCUUAGGCAUCGCGCCCAUGGAGCAAGACAAGAGCGAAUGGGGAUUCAAAGGAUUGAAGCAAGCUAUCAAGCUGGAGUUCCAGCUUGGGCGAUACAGCGAUGUGAGUGCAUAUGUGGCAGGCGUUGUUUUCGGUGAUACUGACUGUCUCUCUCUCUCUUGCCAGGCCGUUGAACAUUACCGCGAGCUGCUCACCUAUGUCAAAUCCGCCGUCACACGAAAUUAUUCCGAGAAAUCGAUCAAUAACAUGCUGGACUACAUCGAGAAAGGAUCCGACGAUGCCAAAACGUACGAGUGCAUGGAGGAGUUCUACUCGCUGACCCUCGAAUCAUUCCAAAACACCAACAACGAGCGCCUCUGGCUGAAGACCAAUAUCAAGCUGGCUCGACUAUGGCUGGAGCGCAAGCAAUACACCCAACUGGGCAAGAAGGUGCGGGACUUACAUCGGGCGUGCCAACACGAAGACGGAUCGGACGACAGCAGCAAAGGCACCUACCUACUCGAGCUCUACGCUCUGGAGAUCCAGAUGUUCGUGGAAACGAAGAAUAAUAAACGCUUGAAGGCCCUGUAUCAGCGGGCUCUCACUGUACGGUCGGCGGUACCACACCCCAAGAUCAUGGGUAUCAUCCGGGAAUGCGGAGGCAAGAUGCAUAUGAGCGAGGAGAAUUGGAAAGAGGCACAGAGCGACUUCUUCGAGUCAUUCCGCAAUUACGACGAAGCGGGCUCGAUGCAACGAAUCCAAGUACUCAAAUACCUGGUUCUGACGACAAUGCUGAUGAAAUCCAACAUCAACCCCUUCGAUUCCCAAGAAACCAAACCAUACAAGAAUGACCCACGCAUCUCAGCCAUGACGGACCUGGUGGAUGCCUUCCAGCGGGACGACAUUCAUGCAUACGAGGACGUGCUGAGCAAACAUCCAGACGUGUUGGCUGAUCCUUUCAUUGCGGAGAACAUCGACGAGGUCAGCCGCAAUAUGCGCACCAAGGCCGUUCUGAAAUUGAUUGCGCCCUUCACCCGCUUCACCCUGCAAUUCAUCUCCAAACACAUCAAGAUCUCCGUACCGGAGGUGCUCGACAUCCUGAGCUUCCUGAUUCUCGACAAGAAGCUCAAUGCCAAGAUCGAUCAGGAGAACGGAACGGUGUCGGUGGAGAGUGCGAGUGACGUGGAACGACUGCGCGCUGUGGAAGAGUGGAGCUCCGCGCUGCGCACCCUCUGGCAAACAACAUUGAACGGUGAGGGGUUGCGCGCCGACGAGCCCACGCAUGGAGCCCCGAUCUUCCAGCCGGGAUUUCGAGAUGAGCCAGUCCGUGCCCGAAAGGCGCCAGUCAAACAAAAGUUAUCUCAGUGGUCGGCUUAG